AUGAUAAAGUUAGGUUUUAUUGCCAAGUGUAAACAGAGUGGAUGCCCUUGGUCAAUAACCCUAAGAUGGAUAAAGGAUGUCAACUGUUGGAGGGUUACAACAUUCACAAAUACACAUGAUGGUUGCUUUUGGGUGUGGGAGGAUCCUACUGUUAUGGCCAGUAGACUAGCUAAGAGGUGGAAAAAGGACAUACGUGGGAAUUCAAAAUGGACACUCAGUGAGUUUAGGGAAAGGGUAGCCACUGAUGACCACUUCCAUAUCACCUCAAAGGUUGCCUACAAGGCUAUGACAAUGGCUAGAGCUUCUAUUGAUGGUGAGCUAGAGGAUUAUUUCAGGACGUUUUGGAAUUAUUAUCUUGAGAUUCAAAGAUCAAAUCCAAAUACAACUUCUAUUGUGAAGAUGAGUGAGUAUGUAGAGGAAGGAGGGAAGAAGAGAUUUCUAAGAUGGUACAUCUGCUGGGAAGCUUGUAGGAAUGGUUUCCAACAUUGUAGGAAAAUUAUAGGGGUUGAUGGUUUCCAUUUAAGAUCCAAAUAUGGUGGCUAUUUGUUGACAGCUACUAGCAUGGAUCCCAAUGAUGGGAUUUUCCCAAUUGCUUAUGCAAUGGUUGAGGGAAUUGAAGUUGCAGCAGAGAGUGAAGUCACAUUCAUAUUUGAUAAGAAAAAGGGGUUGAUUCCUGCAUUUAAUGUGGUUAUUCCAAAUGUGGUUCAUAGAUUCUGUGUGAGGCAUUUGUAUGCAAAUCUUAAGGUAGUAGGCUUUCAUGCUAAGGCAAUUAAGGAAACCUUGUGGGCAGCAGCAAGAACCACCACUGUGAAUUCCUUUAAGGAUGAAUUAAGGAAGAUGAAAGAGCUUGAUAUCAAUGCAUUUGAGUGGUUGGAAAACAAACAACCAUCAGAAUGGUCAUGCUCACACUUCACAUGUUCUGCCCUGUGUGAUAUUCUGGUCAAUAAUACAAGAGGAAGUGAAUGGUCGAGACCUAUUUGUCCAAACAUUGUGAAGAAAAUUGCAGUUGAAGAGAAGUUUGCAGGUGGGUAUAUACCAUUACAGUGUGAUUUGAACUUGUUUGAGGUGAAGAAUUGUCAUACUGGUGAGCAGCACCAAGUAGGUUUGGGGAAGAAGACAUGUUCAUGCAGGAAGUGGGAUUUAUCUGGAAUCCCAUUCAAACAUGCAAUCUGUGCAAUAUGGAUGAAAAGACACAAUGUGUUGGAUUAUGUAAAUAGCUACUACUCAAUUGAGAAUUACUUGAAAGUGUAUAGAUGGAGCAUCAAACCAAUGGCUGGUCCUAAUGAGUGGCCUCAAACUCAUAGAGAGACACCACCUGAGUACAAAGCUAAACCUGGCAGGCCAAAGAAACUGAGGUUGAGAGGAGCUGAUGAAACCAAAGGAAAAAUCAAAUCACAACUGAUGGGGUCUAUAUGA